CUUGAUGUGUGGUGAUUUGCUUAGGACGCCUCACUUAGAUCAGCUUACCGACAGUUUACACGUAUCCCAUCUUGACUUGGACGCCGACUCUUCAAUACAUCUAUGACCGGUCAUCCCACACUGGAAUUGUCUGCCUCCAUUAUCGCUGUCCGGCGGAAUGGGAGAACUAGCGAUGGACAUCCCGACAAAGGACAACAUUGCCCGACUGUUGACUCAUGAUCACAAAGUCAAGGUCGCUGGUGUCGACUGCGAUGGCAUCCUGCGAGGCAAGAUCAUGGAUAAGGAGAAGUUCCUAUCCAGUAUCGAAGACGGGUUUGGAUUCAGCUCGGUGCUCUUUGGAUGGGAUAUGCACGACGUGCUCUUCAAUACGGAGCCGAAUGCGACCUCGGUACAAGAAGGCUACGGUGACUUCGUGGCCAUACCCGACAUUGCAUCAUUCAGACGAAUACCAUGGGAAGACAACAUCCCUUUCUUCUUGCUUCGAUUCGAGGUGCACAAGGCGCCCGUGCCUGCAGAUGGGCGGACUAUACUCCGCUCUUUUUGCCGGAAGAUUGCUCAGGAUGGUUUCAAGUCCGUGGCAGGGGUUGAACUAGAGUUUAUGAACUUCCAAACGCCGACCGAGAAUGGCUACAGCAACGACGGGGACCCUCGAAACAUUGCAGCGUAUUUGGCGAAGAACGCUCCAAGCAGUCUCCGGCACCUGACUUCCGGUAUCUUCUCGUACAGCACAACACGACCAAUGGCCAACAAGGUCUAUUUCCACCAAAUAUUUGACAGGAGCGUCGAAUUCAGAACGAACAUCGAGGGAUGGCAUACCGAGUUUGGUCCAGGGGUCUUCGAAGCUGCCCUGAAGGCGAGCGAGAUCGAUGAGAUGGCAGAUAGAGUGGCUCUCUUUAAGCUACUUGUGAAGUCGUUGGGAGUCGAGCACAACAUCACUCCGUGCUUCAUGGCAAAGCCUGUUUACGGACUAGCCGGCAGCUCAGGGCACAUCCACAUAUCGCUUACUGAUCUGAAAGGGAGGAAUGUGUUCGCACGCAAGUCGCCAGAUCCAAACGCCAAGUGGAAAGAUCUCGAGGAGCUCUCGGACAUCGGACGGUGGUUCCUUGCUGGCCUGCUGACCGCGAUCCCUGAUCUGAUGCCACUCUUCGCACCGACAAUCAAUUCCUACAAGCGUCUGGUCGAGAAUUACUGGGCACCAACAACGUUAGGAUGGGGUUUGGAAGACCGAAAUUCGUCAAUCAGGCUGAUUGCACCUCCUGUGUCCAAACCCGGGGCUACGAGAUUCGAGGUGCGGAUUCCCGGCGCAGAUAUGCAUCCUCAUUAUGCUCUUGCUGCUCUGCUCGGAGCUGGAUGGCGUGGAGUCCAGAAGAAGCUCGAGAUCCCUGUGCCGCCAACCUUGAUGCGAAAGGACAAACCAGAACUCCUGCCGAACAGCCUGGAUGUGGCGGUCGCCCGGUUCAAAGCGCCUGAGAGUGUUGCACGGCAAAUCUUCUCUGGAGAAUUUAUCGACCUAUUCUCUGCAUCACGAGAACAUGAGAUUCGGCUGUACAAGGAAGCUGUGACUGAUUGGUAA